GGCACACAAGACAGAGUCCGAUUCCUCUACACGUGAAAUUCAACAGGCACACAAGACAGAGUCUGAUUCCUCUACAUACUCACUCUUUGCAGAUUAAAGACAAAUCACAGUUACGGAUGGCAAUAACUGGGAAUCUACAGUACAAAAACUUUCGGCAAGCAAAUGUUUGUGGAUCUGGGCAGCUGAGAUUCUUCUGUUGAUGUGAGUGGAACUAAACUAACUAUCUUGACUAAACUACAUCUAUCUUGAUUGGCUCUCUGAAUCUACACCUCAGUUUGAAAGACCAUCAUGAUGUCGUCUGCUACUAUAUUGAUUGUGGUUACGUUACUUUCAAUGAUGCCAAUUCUUGUUAGAGGAAGACAAGAAAUUGAUGCUCAACAAAAGACAUUCUAUGUACACACUACUGGGACUCAGACCAUGAUGUUUAGCAUCCCAAAUACUGAACAAAAUGAAGUACAUGAGAGCUUGGAUGAUGUUUUUCUAGGUGAGUCUUUAAACUCACUCAAGAGUCUAGAAUUAUAUGCUAGUACUGAUGAUUUUUCAAUAAACACUGUGGCUGAAUCAAGUGAUGUGCAUUCAGCUGCUGAUUCCAUAACAACCAUAACAUGUAAUGAAAGUAAUUUUGAAGAUGAUAACAGCUUUGAUGGCCUGGAUGAUACGGCUAGUGAAGAUCCAGUGGUCACCACACUUCUCGGGCAAGUUCGAGGCCGUACUUUGGACAAAGCUCACGUGUUUUAUGGCAUUCCAUUUGCUGACCCUCCUGUGGGAGAUAAACGCUGGACUCCUCCUUCACCCUUGUCACCUUGGUUGUACAUUUAUGAUGCCACAUUUCCCCGUCCCGCGUGCAUGCAGAUGUGUGCUGGGGAGUUCUCUCAGCUGUGUCCUCCUAAGGUUAGUGAGGACUGCCUAUAUCUAAAUGUGUUUGUACCUGUGAGCGUCAACCUGUCGUUGCCGAUUGUAACAGCACUACCAGUGAUGGUGUGGAUUCAUGGCGGUGACUUCAUCGCUGGCUCCGCCUCCAAACCUCUAUACGAUGGCCGCUUCAUCAGUAACUAUAGCAACACAGUGGUUGUAAACAUGGAAUAUCGUCUUGGUGCAUUUGGCUUCUUAGUCACAGGCAAAGAUCCCGAUAGCUCUGCUGUGGGGAAUUAUGGGAUUCUAGACCAGCAGGCAGCAUUGCGCUGGGUCCAAGAAAACAUUGCAGCUUUUGGAGGAGACCCAAAUAAGGUUACACUGUUUGGUGAGAGCGCUGGAGCCCAAUCAGUGUGUCUUCAUUUAAUGAUGGAGAGCAGCGAGUCUUUGUUUAGACAUGCAGCCAUUCAGAGUUUACCAUUCUCUUUGCCACUGAAAACCAGAUGGGAUGCUCUGAAACUGGGCUGGGAUUUUGCUAAACAAACUAAUUGCUCAGCAUUUGAUCUGCCCUGCCUGCGCUCUCUCAGUUCACAUGCUGUACUCAACGCCCAGGUUAAAUCAGGUUCAAAGAUCAUCAACCCCUUCCAUUUCCUAGAGGUCUUUGAGACAUGGGGGCCAUUCAUUGAUGGAGAGCUUAUCCAGGAACAGCCAAUCACAGCCUUCCAAACAGGCAACUGGCAGAGUUACAAGCCUGUUAUACUAGGUACAACCUCUGAGGAAGGUGUAGUCUUUGUGUACGGCACUUUCAACCAGUCUGUGUCAGUGCUGGAAUGUUUGCUCUACUCUGUUGCUAUUUUUAAGCAACAUGCAUUCAGAAUUCUGCACAAAUACAUUCCUUUCUACCGAAACCAGGACAGACGAGUGAUGCUUUCACAGAUUGUGACAGAUUACGUUUUUCUGUGUCCGGCUCGAUGGUCUGCUCGUUCUGGAGUAAGAGCUGGCGGAUCUGUUUGGUUGUAUAUAUUUGAUCAUGCUCCAUCUGAUCCCAACAUAUGGGCGGGGCUUCCGUUCUGCUACAAUCACACCUGCCAUGGGGCAGAGCUUCCCUUUCUGUUUGACUCCGCCCCCAGCACAAACUUCACACUUACACCUCAAGAGACCCUUCUGGCCAAUCGAAUGGCGUGCUACUGGGGAACGUUUGCCCACACCGGGGACCCAAACUCUCGAAGUGAACAGACGCACUUUUGCAGAAAGCAGAGGCUUGCUGUUUGGCCACAGUACACGGCCACAGAAGACUGGCCCAUCCUGAACCUGACUCUACAGUCACACCCACAACACGGGGACAGGGACCAUUUCUGUGACUUCUGGGACCAGCUGGACAUCUAUUGAGACACACAAGAUCAUCUAUCUAAAUUUAAUAUCUAACAAUUUUGACAAACUUUUGACUCUACUCAUACAUAUAUAAUCAGUGACAGGGACAGUACUAUAUUAACAGGAUGUUAUUUUUAUUGUACAUUACCAUGCAUGUAACAAGAUGUUAUUUUUAAAGUACAAGUCUCUUAUUCUCACCAAGGCUGAAUUUAUUUGGUCAAACAUACAGUAAAAACAAUGAUAUUGUGAAAUAGAUUAUUACAAUGCAACAUACUGUAACUGCUUUUUAAAUUAAAGUGCCCCCAUUUUCCCAGGUUUAAAUGCAGCCAAGGUAAAAAAUUCAGCCGUAUGCUGAAUUCAUGCAAAUUUGUUACAUUGUUGUUACGUUGGUAUGUAGACUGGAAUUACUGACCAAACGUUUCGGCAGUUCAUAAUCGAUUCUUUCUUAUGGGUGGCAAUAUCUCAUGUAGUAAUAUGUAGUUCACUUUGAUCUUUAAAACUUUACAUUUUACAUUCACAAACAGCUUUAUUACACUGCAUGAAAAGUA